CUCUGUUAACAAUAGUGAAGUGCACUAGAUGGCACCAUUUACGUAUCUUGACUGCAGCUGCCGAUGUUCUCGCAAAUUCCCGCGAUAAUUAGCGUCGACAGCACCCAGGAAUGGGUAUCUCCAGGGAUCACUGGCACAAGCGUCGUAAAACUGGUGGGAAAAGGAAGCCCUACCAUAAGAAAAGGAAGUAUGAACUGGGCCGCCCUCCUGCCAACACAAAGAUCGGUCCCCGCCGUAUUCACACAGUGCGUGUGCGGGGAGGCAAUAAGAAAUACCGCGCACUGAGACUGGACAGCGGGAACUUCGCCUGGGGCUCUGAGUGUUGCACUCGCAAAACCAGGAUCAUUGACGUUGUGUACAAUGCCUCCAACAAUGAGCUUGUGAGAACCAAGACCCUGGUGAAGAAUUGCAUUGUUCUGGUGGACAGCGCACCGUUCAGGCAGUGGUAUGAAGGUCACUACGCCAUUCCACUGGGCCGUAAGAAAGGGGCGAAGCUGACUCCAGAAGAGGAAGAGAUCUUGAACAAGAAGCGGUCAAAGAAGGUUCAGAAGAAGAUUGAUGGACGCAGGAAGAAGAGCAAGAUUAGCAGUUUGCUGGAGGAGCAGUUCCUGCAAGGCAAGCUUCUCGCCUGUAUUGCGUCCAGGCCUGGGCAGUGUGGCCGAGCAGACGGAUACAUCUUGGAAGGAAAAGAACUGGAGUUCUACCUCCGGAAGAUCAAAGCCAAGAAAGGCAAAUAGACUUAAGCAAUAUAACAAGAGCUCUACAGUAUGAGCACUUACGGGUGAAAAUGACUAUGAAUGUGAAAAAGAAAAUGUAACGAUUAAUGAUUUCCUAAUCAGCUAAAAAAAAAAAAAGCUUUUCCCUGAAACGUACAGCUUAAAAUAUACCGCACUUUCACUCACCUGUGUGAUCACUUCUGUAUCCCGCACUAACUGCACUUUUAAGUUAGAACUUACUAUUACUAAUUGGGUUUUUUGUUCUAUUUAGUCUUGUCGUUGUCGCUUUAGCUCAUGUUUUAGAGUCCAAAUUAGGUAAAUCAUACAUAAUGACAAUAAAAUGAUUAAAUCUUUAAGGUCAAUCAAAUUAGUGUGUAAAAUGUGAAAUUAUGAAUAAUUAUUUUCUCUGACUGUAUAAAACUAAAAGUUUAAAAUUCUAAAACAUAUAAAACUUAAAGUUGAAGUCUUAAAGGCUUCUGAGUGUAGAGCUCUGAUUACAUGAAACAAUAAAAUGUACUCAUUUCA